CAGGGCUGUAAUUGAAGUACAAGAUGGCAAGGACCAGCCACAGCAACUAUGUCCUUCAGCAGCUAAACAACCAAAGAGAGUGGGGCUUUCUGUGCGACUGCUGUAUCGCUAUUGAUGAUAUUUAUUUUCAAGCACAUAAAGCAGUUCUUGCUGCCUGCAGCUCCUAUUUUAGGAUGUUUUUUAUGAACCAUCAACACACUACAGCCCAGCUGAAUCUAAGCAACAUGAAGAUUAGCGCUGAAUGCUUUGAUCUCAUUUUACAGUUCAUGUACUUGGGAAAAAUUAUGACAGCCCCUGCCAAUUUUGAGCAGUUUAAAGUGGCCAUGAACUAUUUACAGCUAUAUAAUGUACCUGAAUGUCUAGAAGAUAUACAGGAUACAGACUCGUCUAGUUUAAAAUGUUCAUCUUCUGCUUCUAGCACCCAGAAUAGUAAAAUGAUAUUUGGCGUGAGAAUGUAUGAAGACACGCUUGCUAGAAAUGGCAGCGAAGCAAACAGGUGGGGCAUGGAGCCGCCAAGUUCAACAGUAAAUACAUCCCAUAACAAAGAGCCUGAUGAAGAAGCUUUGCAGCUAAGCAGCUUCCCCGAACAACUGUUUGAUGUCUGCAAAAAAAGCACCACAUCUAAAUUCUCUCACACGAAAGAGCGCGUGUCCCACUCGCGCCGCUUUGGAAGGAGCUUCACCUGCGACAGCUGCGGGUUCAGUUUUAGCUGUGAAAAGCUACUGGAUGAGCAUGUGUUAACGUGCACUAACAGGCAUUCUUACCAAAGUGCCAGGUACUACAGUGCUGAAAAAGUAGACUUUAACGAAAAGGACUCUACUUCUAAAAUGAUCUCCACACAGACAGAGAAGUGCAAGGGGGACUCGAGCCAAGCUGCGGACGAUUCUUCGUCUCCCGUGUCAAACAUCACAAGCAGGAAAAGCAGCACAGUUGCCUCUGAGACAUCAGGUGAAGAAGGAAGUAGAGCCUCUGAGAGGAAGAGAAUUAUCAUCAAGAUGGAACCAGAGGACAAUCCUGUAGAUGAGCUGAAGGAUUUUAAUAUAAUUAAGGUGACAGAUAAAGACUGCAAUGAGUCUUCUGACAACGACGACCUAGAUGAUGAGCAGGAAGAGCCGCUUUACAGAUACUACGUUGAGGAAGAGAUCAGAGAGAAGAGAAAUGCUCGGAAGACUUUAAAACCCCGUUUGUCCAUGGAUGAGGAUGAAAGAAAGUGUUUGAAGAGUCCACGGCACCUUAACAGGAAGGCUCCUUCGGUGCAGGAAGAUGUGGAGAACGCUCCCUGCGAGCUCUGUGGGCUAACAAUCACCGAGGAAGAUUUGUCCUCUCAUUAUUUAUCCAAACACAUAGAAAAUAUAUGUGCCUGUGGCAAGUGUGGUCAAAUACUGGUCAAAGGCAAGCAGUUACAGGACCAUGCGCAGACCUGUGGAGAACCCCAGGAUCUGACCAUGAACGGGAUCAGAAAUGCUGAGGAGAAAAUGGACUUGGAAGAAAACCCCGAGGAGCAGUCAGAAAUAAGGGACAUGAUGUUUGCAGAGAUGCUAGAGGACUUCAGGGACAGUCAUUUCCAAAUGAACAGCCUUCAAAAAAAACAGUUAUACAAGCAUUCUGCCUGUCCUUUUCGAUGCCCUAAUUGCGGUCAGCGUUUUGAAACUGAAAAUCUAGUGGUUGAACAUAUGUCAAACUGCCUGGAGCAAGAUCUGUUCAAGAACUCCAUGAUGGAAGAGAACGAGAGGGAUCACAGACGUAAGCAUUUCUGCAAUCUUUGUGGGAAAGGAUUUUAUCAGCGUUGCCACUUGCGGGAACACUAUACCGUUCAUACCAAGGAAAAACAGUUUGUUUGUCAGACAUGUGGGAAGCAGUUCUUAAGAGAGCGCCAGUUGCGGCUCCACAAUGAUAUGCACAAAGGCAUGGCCAGUAGUGAAAUAGGGACUUCUAAGCUUCUGAACAACUGAGAGAACCAGGUUUGGAGAAGACAUGAGGAAGAACUGGUCGGCAAAAGAUUUCAUAAAAACUCAGAACCGCGUGUGCCAGAUCUGAAUUGGCACCACCUUUGCUUUUUUGACAUACUGCAGCAGUCGCAAAAGGCACCAAAGCAGUCAAAUUAGAACAUGCAGUAAAAGUUGUUUUGGACUCUUCUCUGUAUUAUAAACCUUACUUCCUUGUGACUAUUAUUUACACCUGUUAAAACAAAUUUGGAGUCUCCUUUCAUGGAGCAGACAGCCGAAAGAGGCAGAUGCCAGGUGUUAGGGGCUGCACUAAAAUGCGUGUGCAGAAUUUGCUCUUCAUGUGCUGGAGUGCUCCUUUUCUGAAAUGAGGCUUCUUAGAGUGUCUGUCAAAAACCAUUUAGAUUUUAGUCAAAUACUAGAAAUGCAUGCCUCUGAACUAAAACUUAGGUAUUUUCAAACAGUUGCAAUGCUAAACUAUCAAGUGUUAAAACAGAGGAAAAAAUUUAAUCUGGAGUACAAGGAGGAAAAAAACCCUUAAAAACUGAGGACAGAGGGUCCCUGAGAAAGGAGAGGAUGGUGAGAAAGACCCAGCUGACCUGAUUCCCUCUGCUGCCAUGAUCAUCAUUUGCAAGCUGAAGAGGACCUUCCACAGUGCU